AAGGAAUAUGCCGCAAACAAUAAAAUUAAAUUUAAUAUCAAAAUUCUCUUAUAUUAAGGAAGAUUCGAAAUUGUGAAAUAUAUUAUAGAAAAUGGCAAAUCCUCCUCCAAAUGUUGGCCAAUCUUAUUUCUGGGGAUCAGGAGUUUCUCAGCCACAAAAUAUGGGAUAUUAUUCUGUUCCACCCCCAAAUUUUCCACCUCCAAAUUUUAGACAACCACCACCAUCAUAUAAUAUGCCUGUUUCUACUCUAUCUGAAAACAAAGCAGAGAAUUUUUUGCCACCAUCGUAUCAUUCUAUACCUACAUGCUAUCAAAAUGAAGUGUCAAACUCUUAUCAUGAUGUUUCUUAUCAGAAUCAAACAGAGUUACAGUGUAAUAAUCAAAAUUAUGGAUUAUCUAAUUAUUCUCAACCAGCAACUAGCAACUUUAAUUCAAAUUGGGAUGAUAGAAGUGAAUAUCAUAACAGUAGUAGCACAGAAUGGAAUUCUAACAUUUAUUCAUCUGAUUGGAACAAAUCACAAAGUAAUAAAGGUUCUUGGUAUGAGAGCAAUAAAGUACAAGAAGAUGACAGAAAGCCAAUGUAUAAAAAAUAUAAUGAUUCUCCAAAAAAUAGGAGAUCUGAGUGGAGAUAUAGGGACAAAGAAUCUUCUAAUAGUCAUACAGUUAGUAGAAAACGUUCAAGAAGUCCUGAGAGCAGAUCAAGAGAGAGUAGAUUAAGCAGAUCACCAUAUAGAUCAAGAUAUGACUCUCAAAAAGAUAGAUAUUCUAAAUACCAUAAAAAUAGAUCAACAUCUAGAGAACAUGUACACAGUGAAGAAGAUUCUGAAAGGAGAUCAUUAUACAAAAGAAAUACUUCCUAUGUAUCACGCUCUCAAAGAUCAUAUACAAGUUGUAGAAGCAGGAAAAGAUCAAGAUCUCAAGAAUCUUAUUCAUCUAGAGUUACUAGUCCAAGUAACAAUUCCUCCUCCAAGAGGGAUCCAACUGAAAGAGAAUUACUCUUAGAAAAAUAUAGGCAGGAUUAUUGUGCAACAAGCAAAGAUAUGGAAAGAAAAAUGGAUGAAUUGUCUGCUAUGGGUCCUGAAGGUAUUAUGGAAAAUGCAAGAAAAGUUUGGACACGUACAGCACCAGCAGAUUUGUAUUAUACUAGAGAUGAAAAUAAUCCGAAAAUAAUGAGGGGUACAGCUAAAUUACACGAAUUAUGUGAAUUAUUCAAGAAAAUAUUAUUAGACAGAGCUGCAGGUGCAAGAGCUUUGCAGCCUCCUUAUGAACCACCUCCAAGAAAAACUAGAGCUCGUUUAUGUAGACACAAGUCUGAAGCUUGUAGCAGUUCCUCUUCUGACAGUGAUAGCUCAAUGGAUGAAGAUGAUAGAACAAUGGAAGAACUAAUGGCAAAAAAGCAACAUCCACAAAGACUACAUCCUGAAAUGUGGUUUAAUGAUCCUGGAGAAAUGAAUGAUGGUCCAUUAUGUAGGUGUAGUGCAAAAUCGAGAAGAUCCGGUAUUAGGCACGGAAUCUAUGCCGGAGAGGGUGCAAUAAAUAAGUGUGAUUUAAAUUCGAACAAUGCCGAUAAAUUGUAUCAUUAUCGAAUAACAAUUAGUCCGCCGACAAAUUUUCUUACUAAAACACCAACUAUUAUUAAACACGACGAACAUGAAUUUAUAUUUGAAGGAUUUUCUAUGCUUUCACAUUUUCCCCUUGUAAAGUUGCCAACUUGUAAAGUAAUAAGAUUUAAUAUAGAGUAUACAAUCCUUUAUAUAGAUGAAAAAUUGCCAGAAAACUUUACCAUUCGGGAAUUAGAUUAUUUUCAAUAUUACUUGUUUAAGGAAGUAUUGGAACUUGUAGACUUUGAUCUACAAGCCGCGCAAAAUAAAUUUGGUUGUGGACAAUUUCACUUUAUGCCAAGAUUCGUACGUGAUUUAGCUGACAAUGGACAGGAGAUUUUAUCUAUGAACGAGGUUUUGAAUUAUUUAAUAAAAAGUAGUAAAUUGUUAAUAGAUCCAAAUGAUCUACCUAGGUUGGUGGAAAUGCCCCAAUGUAAGUGGCAAAAUUUUGCCGAUGAAGUGAAAGGCAUGAUUGUCACAUAUCCGGGGAAAAAGCCAUGUAGCGUUCGUGUUGAUCAAUUGGAUAGAAACCAAACUGAUCCACCGCCUGGAAUAAUUACUUACCCCGAAAUUGUACAUUUUGGAAUUAGACCGCCACAACUUAGUUAUGCAGGGAAUGCAGAUUAUCAAAAAGCAUGGAGGGAUUAUGUAAAAUUUCGUCACUUAUUAGCCAAUAUGCCAAAACCAUCGUUUGAAGAUAAGAGAAAAUUAGAAGCGAAGGAGAACAAGCUUCAAGAAUUAAGAACGCAAAGUAAAAUGAAACGCGAUGUUACAGUGGAUGUUACUUCUGAAGGAUUUUAUAGAACUGGCAUAAUGUGUGAUAUAGUACAACACGCCAUGUUAAUUCCAGUACUUGUUUGCCAUUUGAGAUUUCAUAAAUCUUUAGAUAACUUAGAGUGUACUCUAGGCUACGAAUUUAAAAAUAGGUAUCUUCUUCAAUUAGCGCUGACGCAUCCUAGUUACCGUGAAAACUUUGGCACAAAUCCGGAUCAUGCAAGGAAUUCUUUGACGAAUUGUGGGAUAAGACAACCUGAGUAUGGCGAUCGUCGAAUUCAUUACAUGAAUACCCGGAAACGUGGUAUUAAUACAUUAAUCAAUAUAAUGUCAAGAUUUGGUGCAAGGACCGAAACAGAAUCUUCAAUAGCGCACAAUGAAAGAUUGGAAUUCUUGGGAGAUGCUGUAGUCGAGUUUCUUACAUCGAUUCAUUUAUUUCAUAUGUUCCCUGAUUUAGAAGAAGGUGGCUUGGCCACUUACAGAGCAGCAAUCGUUCAGAAUCAGCAUCUCGCUGUGUUAGCGAAAAAAUUGAAUUUAGAAGAGUACAUGCUCUAUGCACACGGAAGUGAUCUGUGUCAUGAUUUAGAAUUGAGACACGCAAUGGCGAAUUGUUUUGAGGCAUUAAUGGGUUCGUUGUUCCUCGAUGGAGGUAUAGAGGUUGCUGACAGAGUUUUCGGGGAAACUUUAUUUAAGGACGAGGGAGAUCUUUCUAAAGUUUGGGUAAAUUAUCCAAAACAUCCUUUGCAAGAACAGGAACCAACAGGUGACAGACAAUGGAUACUAAGUUUUGAGCUAUUGCAAAAAUUAACAAAAUUUGAGGAAUCCAUUGGUAUAGAAUUUACUCACAUUCGACUUUUGGCUAGAGCGUUUACCGAUCGCAGUAUAGGAUACACAAAUUUAACAUUGGGUUCUAAUCAACGUUUAGAAUUUUUAGGAGAUACCGUGUUGCAACUUAUAGUUUCCGAAUAUUUGUACAAAUAUUUUCCAGAACAUCAUGAAGGACAUUUGUCUUUAUUACGAAGUUCUCUCGUAAAUAAUAAAACACAGGCUGUCGUGUGUGAUGAUUUGGGGAUGACUCAGUAUGCACUUUACGGUAAUCCAAAAGCCGAAUUAAAAACAAAGGAUAGAGCAGAUUUACUGGAAGCGUUUUUAGGAGCGCUUUAUGUUGAUAAGGGCUUGGAAUAUUGUCGUGUUUUCUGCGACGUAUGUUUUUUCCCACGCUUACAAGAUUUUAUUAUGAAUCAAGAUUGGAAUGAUCCGAAAAGUAAAUUGCAACAGUGUUGUUUAACUUUAAGAACAAUGGAUGGUGGAGAGCCUGAUAUUCCUGUGUACAAAGUGAUCGAGUGUAAAGGACCAACAAAUACAAGAGUCUAUACUGUUGCUGUGUAUUUCCAAGGAAAACGAUUAGCAAAGGCGUCAGGUCAUAGUAUUCAGGAAGCAGAAAUGAACUCAGCUAAAGAAGCUUUAGAAAAAUCUCAAGAUUUAUUCCCGCAACUGGAUCACCAAAAACGAGUAAUCGCGAAAAGUAUGAAAAUGCAACAAUGGCCAAAUAAGCAUAAAACAAGAGGUAGAUCAAUGAAACCUACAGAUAGACACGAUGAUUCUGAUUCCAGUCAACGUUCUAAAAGAAGCCGAAGUGAAGCAUAA